UUGAGCAUCUCCGGGCCUCCGGACUAUUGCUGGCUUGUUCACUCACCACAGUCUCAUUGAGACAGCACAGCCAGAUAGACCUCUUAUCGACUCGAAUUCCCACAAAAAAAGAUCUAGGAAAUCCGGAGAUACAGUUUUCGAUAUUCUUGUCAAUCUGGGGUCGUGGAGUAUACGAUAUUCUUAUUCUAUAUAUCUUCCAAGCAUUGUCCAUUUCCAAAAAAGAUAUUCACCAAGCUCAACAUCGACAAGCAACUCAGAUACAAACGGAAACCUCUUAGCUCUCACGAAUUCUUUCAUCCGUUUUCAAGAGAGCCAAAUUAGUUGUCUUGAUAUUUCCCAAUCUCAUCGAUUAGCUUGUUCAAGAUGGGUUUUCAAAUCGCCCACCUGUGGAAGGCCCCUGAGGUCAACCCCAUCAGCCGAAAAGCACGAAGUGUGCCUAUGCUCAACCCUAUCGACAUCUAUGGUCGAGUAUUCUCUUUCUCAUGGCUCGGUUUCAUGCUUGCUUUCUGGGCAUGGUACACCUUCCCACCCCUAUUGACGGUCACUAUCAAAGAAGAUCUUCAUCUUACACCGGCUCAAAUCGCAAACUCCAACAUCGUUUCUCUAUCUGCUACUUUCUUCCUUCGAUUCUUGACCGGCCCUCUUUGUGAUCUGUAUGGACCUCGACGUGUAUUUGCCUACUUGAUUCUCCUCGGCUGCUUCCCCAUUGGCCUCGCACCACUUGUCAACAGCGCCACUGGCCUAUAUAUCUCUCGAUUCUUCAUUGGUAUUCUCGGUGCAACUUUUGUCCCUUGCCAGGUUUGGUGCACUGGUUUCUUCGAUAAGAAUGUUGUCGGCACUGCCAAUGCCCUUGCCGGUGGCUGGGGUAAUGCAGGUGGUGGAAUCACUUACUUCAUCAUGCCUGCCGUCUUUGACUCACUAGUCGCUCAUCAGGGCAUGUCCCCUUCCAAGGCGUGGAGGGUUACCUUCAUUGUCCCCUUGGUCUGCCUGAUCGUCUGCGGUCUCGGAAUGUUGUUCCUUUGUCCUGACAGCCCCAUGGGAUCGUGGGAGGAUCAGGCUAUGCUCGUCCGAAAGAACAUGGAGGCUCAUGGAAUGUCUAGCUCUGGUGACGUUACCCCCGUCGGUACACCUGACCGCUGCGGUUCAGAUGAGGAGAAGAACCCCGGUGAGGAGAGGGAUGUCAAGGUUGGCGACCACGAGCACCCUAUCUCACGCAACGAGGCCAUGGAGUUCGCUCGAGGUGAGGUCAUUGUCAAGCCAACUCUUCGUGAUGCCCUCCAUGUCUGCUACUCUCCCCAGACCAUCUUCCACGUGGCGACCUAUGCAUGCUCCUUCGGUGGCGAGCUUGCUAUCAACGCCAUUCUGAGCUCCUACUUCAAGAAGAACUUCCCCCACCUCGAUCAGACCAAGGCCAGCAACUACGCCGCUAUCUUUGGUUUCCUCAACUUCCUCAACCGGCCUCUUGGUGGAGUUAUUGCCGACAUCAUCUACAACAAGUGCGGACGCAACCUCUGGCUCAAGAAGGUCUGGAUCGUCGCUUGCGGUGUGCUGACCGGAGCUCUUCUCAUUGUCAUCGGAAAGGUCAACCCCUCUGAAGCCAAUGGCGGUGAUAUUGGUACUUUGGUUGGCCUCGUCGUGGUCAUGGCCAUCUUCAUCGAGGCUGGCAACGGUGCCAACUUUGCUCUUGUACCUCACGUUCACCCCUCUGCCAACGGUAUCCUCUCAGGCCUGACCGGUGGUGGUGGUAACAUUGGUGGUAUCAUGUUUGCUGUUGUCUUCCGCUUCAUGCACGGCGGUAACGACUACGCCAUGGGUCUCUGGGUCAUUGGCAUUAUUACCAUCGCGUUGAACUUGGCGGUUUGCUGGAUUCCUCCUCUGCCCAAGGGCCAGAUUGGUGGCCACUAAGUGCAGAGUUGCAGUAUUGGAAAAGGGAAAAAUACGAAUGGGAUAGACGAGUGUUUUAUGAACUUGUUAACUGGUUUAAACGGCGAGCGGGCGCGCACUGGAAUUGGUCACGAUUUGCGAAUGGUUAAACCAUCGUUGGGAUAGAAGGAAUUGGUAUGGAGUAGCUAGGAUAUCCCGCCGCAUCAGGCUCGAUGCGAGAUUUAUUUCAUGAAUAUUAUUGGA